GUGUUUAAAUACAUCAGCCAUCUAGGAAAGGACAUCUAUUGAGGCUUCACUGUGGCUUCACUGACUUCUUGACUCUCCUCUUGAGUAAAAGGACUCAGCCAACUAUGAAGUUUCUUGUCUUUGCUUUAAUCUUGGCUCUCAUGGUUUCCAUGACUAGAGCUGAUUCACAUGAAGAGAGACAUCAUGGACGUCAUGGGCACCAUGGGUAUGGAAGAAAAUUCCAUGAAAAGCAUCAUUCACACCGAGGCUAUAGAUCAAAUUAUCUGUAUGGCAACUGAUAUCCUCAGUAAUCUUGGGGCAUGAUUAUAAAGGUAAG